CAUAGAAUUCAAAAUUUAGAAUUGAAAAUGAAUUCUUUUUAAUACUAAACACAAAAAUAAUUCAUUUCAAAAUGAAUUCCUCAAAAUUUAUGGAAUUCAUUUAUACCAAACGAUAUGUAAAAUACGGUUUGUAAAAUCGUACCAAAAGAAACAUUAAUUCAAUAGACAACACACCAACACAACACCGUUAUUAAAAUAAAAUAAUAUAUGCAACUAUAAUUAUACCGGUGAAAUAUGGCUAAAAUCGACCAAUAUUACUAAAAAUUGUCAAAUUUAACUUUAUAAAACCGGGUGACAUGAUUUUUUUUCCAUAAAUUUUGUUUACAUUAUCUGGCUUGCAUAUCAAUAUACGAUUUUUAUGAUCACAAUUUAGUUCCUUGCUUUAAAAUGACAAAAGUCAAUCCGAUCCUACCUCUCCUUGGAGCCAAGCCAUAUCCAACACCAAAUGUCAGACCAAUACACCGGAUUUUUUAUUGCUUAGUAAAUGUCCAACGGAAGAGCGAAUCCGAUCAAACAUUUUUUAACAAAAGCGCACAACGAUACCGAAGAACCGAAUCGACUGUCGACCAAAAUUUAGGAAAAAUAGCCGCGAUGGCGAAGCAAAGCUCAAAAACCAGAACAACAACAUAUCCCCUUCAUGGCCCUGCCAGCCGGCCGUUUGAUCCAGACCUUCGCCGGCCGCGGGUCCCAUUUCCGCCACCACCCCCUCAAUUCUACCUAAGUGUCCCAUUCUCCCCCCUCCUUUUUAAUGGGGGAGAAGGAGAACACCCUUUCCUUCUUCCCCUCGUUAGUUCUUUCCAUUCGAUCCUCACCGUUUACUUCCUCUUGUUUCUGACCAUCAUCAUCCCCAGAGAAAGCAAUCACUCAACUGCCGCGUUUACCUGUUCAGAAAAGAAGAAGGGCUUAAUUGAUUUCUUCUGUUGACUUCAAUCUGGCCUUUCCCUUUGAUUCGUUCAUUCUGCAUAGACUUCCGUGUUCAAUGCUGAGCAAUUUGGAUAAGAUUAAUUUAGUGUGAGAGAAUGACGUGCUUGACGGCGUCAGAGCUCCUUCCCAGCUUUCUCAUACUUCUGGGUUCUCCCUCGCAGCACCUUUUAUAGCUGCUGAACCCAACUUCCCCUUUUAAAAUUACUUAAUCAUCUCGGCUCCCAAAAUUGGUGCUUCGAUGAGGAAGAUGGUGUCAAUGAAGCUCGGAUUCUCGAGCUCUUCUUGCUUGAUUCUGAUAUGGGUAGUUGCUAUUUUGAGCUUUUCGGGGGAGUGUCAAGAUAUGAACGGCGACUAUAGUGCAUUUGCCGGCGACCCAACUCUUCGACCGCUCAUGGCCGAGUAUGCAUAUAACAGGAUUUCAAAUAUGACUGCCAAUAUCACUCGGGCUCUCGGCGCUCAGGCCAGCUUCUGCAUGAAGGACCCGGAUGCUGAUUGGAACCAAGCCUUCAAUUUUUCGUCCAAUCUGGAUUUCUUGUCCAAUUGCAUUCUACAGACUGGCGGAGACAUGAUGCGGCGCAUAUGUACAGCAGCAGAAAUGAAAUUCUACUUCGAUACGAUGUUCAGCUCAUUCCAGCACGCCCAGAAUCAAUCAUCAGCAGUUACGGGUCCCAACUAUCUAAAACCUAACUUGAACUGCAAUUUAACGGCAUGGGUCUCUGGCUGUGAGCCAGGAUGGGCUUGCAGUGUUGAUGGGACUCAACCAGUUGACCUUCAAAACUCCCACAAUAUUCCUGCUAGAACUAGCAGCUGCCAGUCAUGUUGCGACGGUUUCUUUUGUCCUCAUGGCCUUACUUGCAUGAUACCUUGCCCAUUGGGUUCCUAUUGCCCGCAGGCGACGCUCAAUAAGGCCAAUGGUGUAUGUGAACCAUAUAAUUAUCAGCCACCACCAGGGAAACCAAACCAUACCUGUGGGGGUGCAAACAAAUGGACCGACAUAGCCUCUAGCAGUGAGAUAUUCUGUCCGGCGGGGUCAUACUGUCCUACUACCAUUGAGCAGACAACUUGCAGUAGUGGACAUUAUUGCAGAAUGGGUGCCACAUCGGAGACACGUUGCUUCAAAUUGACAACGUGUGAUGCCAAAACGACAACCCAAAAUAUUCACGCUUAUGGGGUCAUGGUUAUAGUUGCUUUAAUUACUGUGCUGCUCAUGAUUUACAACUGCUCUGAUCAAGUUCUGGCCAUUCGAGAGAGGAGACUGGCAAAAUCAAGGGAAGCAGCAGCAAACAGUGCUAGGGAAACAGCAAAAGCACGUCAAAGAUGGAAAUCUGCAAAAGGUGCUGCCGCAAAGCAUGCUGGUGGAUUGCAGGCUCAGCUCUCUCAAACAUUUUCCAGGAAGAAGUCUUCUGCACCUGCAGAGCUACCUAUGAUUCUGAAUGAAGCCAAGACUGAUGAAGACAAUGAUUAUGAACAUGUUACUGCCCAAUCAAGCAUUCGACAUCCAUCUGCAUCCUCUACACCACCAAAUGGAAAGGGAAAUGAAAAUUCUCAGGCUCAGCUCCCUCAAACAUCUGAUGUAGAUGACAAUUCAUAUCCACCUUCGCGACUAAGUACUGCAUAUUCAUCUCCCUCCUCUACCCCAGUAACUGGAAAGAAAAGGGAACAGUCUCAUCGUGUCCAUUCGAUGUAUCAAGAUGACAUGGAGCCUGAUAGUCAUGCAAGUUCAACAUUAGAAGUGGAUCGUAAACCGAAGGCAAAGGAUUUGAAUACAGACAGCCAAAUUUUUAGGUAUGCUUAUUCACAACUUGAGAGGGAAAGGGCCAUGCAAGAGCAAAACAAGAACCUCACCUUCUCAGGAGUAGUUGCAAUGGCUGCUAACCACAAAGUCAAAAAAAGACCUCUGAUUGAGGUUGCAUUCAAAGACCUGACCUUGACUUUAAAAACCAAAAAGAAGCACAUUUUAAGGGGUGUGACUGGCAAAAUCAAGCCAGGGCGUAUUACAUCUGUCAUGGGUCCAUCAGGAGCUGGGAAGACAACUUUCCUCUCUGCUCUAGCUGGUAAGACAACAGGAUGCAAAAUGUCUGGUAUGAUUCUUAUCAAUGGGAAAAGCCAAUCCAUCCACUCAUAUAAGAGAAUCAUCGGUUUUGUUCCACAAGAUGAUAUCGUGCACGGGAACUUGACAGUUGAAGAGAACCUCUGGUUCAGUGCACACUGCAGGCUAUCAGCUGACUUGCCAAAAGCGGAAAAGGUUCUAAUUGUUGAAAGAGCUAUAGAAUCUUUGGGACUUGAGGUGGUAAGAAGCUCCGUUGUUGGGACUGUGGAAAAACGAGGAAUUUCUGGAGGACAGAGGAAGCGUGUAAAUGUUGGACUAGAAAUGGUUAUGGAACCAUCCCUUUUACUCUUGGAUGAACCCACAUCUGGUCUGGACAGUGCAUCCUCACAGUUGCUUCUUCGAGCACUUCGUCGCGAAGCUCUUGAAGGUGUCAAUAUAUGCAUGGUUGUUCAUCAACCAAGCUAUAACCUGUUCAAAAUGUUUGAUGACCUCGUACUGCUUACAAAAGGAGGACUUACUGUGUACCAUGGACCGAUUGCCAAAGUUGAAGGGUACUUCAAUGGCCUCGGGAUUAAUGUCCCGGACCGCGUGAAUCCUCCAGAUCAUUAUAUCGACAUAUUAGAGGGCAUUGUCACAGCCAGUGCAAGCACAGUGGCGAACUAUAUGAACCUUCCUCUUAAAUGGAUGCUGAAUAACGGAUACCCAAUUCCACCCGACAUGCAAGAGAAUAAUACCCAAGAAAUUGUUAUGCCUGAAAUGAAUAGAAACUCCAGUGUGUUGCAACUUGGUGAUGGAGAUGAGGACCAGUCUUUUGCUGGGGAGUUAUGGCAAGAUGUGAAGGGUAAUGUGGAGUUGCAGCGCGAUAAGAUACAUGAUCAUUUUUUGAUGCCAAGAGACUUGUCAAACCGAAGAACCCCAGGUGUAUGGUUUCAGUAUAGAUACUACCUUGGCAGGGUCUUUAAACAGCGACUACGGGAAGCCAAAAUGCAAGCAGUCGACUUGCUCAUACUGUUCCUUGCUGGAACUUGCCUGGGAUCGCUGGGAAAAGCCAAUGACAGAAACUUGGGAGCUUCUGGAUACUCACAUACAAUAAUUGCAGUUUCUCUCCUUUGCAAAAUAGCAGCCUUGAGAUCAUUUUCUCUGGACAGACUACAAUACUGGAGGGAGAGUGCCUCUGGGAUGAGCAGUUUGGCUUACUUUCUAGCUAAGGAUACAGUCGACCAUUUCAGUACAGUGAUCAAGCCUGUUGUGUACCUCUCCAUGUUCUAUUUCUUCACCAACCCAAGAUCAACCUUUGCCGAUAACUACAUUGUUUUGCUUUGCCUUGUCUAUUGUGUCACCGGCAUAGCCUAUGCUUUGGCCAUAUUUUUUGAAGCAGGUCCUGCCCAGCUGUGGUCAGUUCUUCUUCCUGUGGUUUUGACUCUCGUUGCAACCCAGCAGCGACCGAACAAUACCUUGAGGUUCAUAUCUAACUUCUGCUACCCUAGAUGGGCUCUAGAAGCUUUUGUCAUCGCUAAUGCAGAGAGGUACGAUGGAGUAUGGCUGCUUACUCGCUGCGGUGCGCUGAUGAAAAGCGGCUACAGUGUCCAUGACUGGCUUCUUUGUAUAUGCAUCCUCCUCCUCUUUGGUGUUGUCAGUCGCAUUGUGGCAUUCUUUGGUUUGGUGACAUUAGGCCGGAGGCGGUGAGUUGACAGACAGAACAACAUAUUAUUUUUUUAGCCAUUCGAUUGAUUCAAUGAAGCAUCAAGAUUCAU